AGUCGCUGAAACCUCGUACAGGCGAUAGUCUCGACUGCAUAUCGAUAGGGAGCGAAGGCAGUGUGAAAUAGAAAACAGCGAAAACUGACUCCAUUGGUGAAGCGUGUUCGAAAGAAAAGUCUGCGGGCGAAGACUCACAGUGAAAGACGCCAUCGAAAAUAAGCGAAAUUUGCGUGCGUGUGUGUGUGUGUAUUUGUGGGGGACGCCACUGCAGAGCCGAGAGAACGCGCGCAUUCAGCGAAGAAAACACGAACAGCAAUAGCAACAGCAAAACCAUGGAAGAGGUAGAGGUUUCUGUGAAGAAGCGCGGCAGGCCUCCAAAGAGCCUUGCUGCCGCCGGUAGCCAGCUAAAUGCAAGUCAGAGUGUGGUGGACGCCGCAGCCACGAUUCCGAAGAAGCGUGGCCGCCCACCAAAGAGUGCUAAGGUCCAGGACCAGCGCGGCAGACCGGCCAAGAAGCCAGUCAAUCUGAGCGAGAGCGAAGCUGAUGGUGAUGACGAUUCCACUGAGAAUGUGGCAAAGACUGCGGCAUCUCCCCAACUCGCUCCCAAGGGACGCGGUCGCCCGCGCCUUAACAACUCAGAUGCUGAGGUCCCAGCCAAAACAAAGACCGCCUCGACUAAGCGCCGCAAGCUGGGGCGCCCCAGAAAGCACCAGCCCAGUGAGAGCGAAGAUGAGAAAAGCGACGAUGAAGAUGAUGAUGAGAUUCAUCGCCCAGUGGGCCGUCCGCCGUCUGGAUCUGUAAAUCUUAACAUUGUGCGCUCUGGACGUGGCCAGGGCAGGCCUAAAGCGAUUAAGGAGAAACGUCCAGCUGCACCGGCAGCCGAAUGGACCGGCGAUGGAACUCCGCCCAAGAAGCGAGGUCGUCCUUCAUCGAAUAAGCCAGCCUAUGUGCCAACUGGUCGUCCUCGCGGACGCCCAAAAGUCAACAAGCCAGUUGAGGAAGAAGCCGAUGUCGACGAGGACGAGGACUCCGUGGAGGAGCAGCCUGAGAAACCAGCAGCCGUUGCAACUCCACCUGUAGUCAAGAAGCGUGGACGCCCUUCAGGAGCAAAUAAAUCGUUGAAUAAGGGAACUCCCAAGCCGCGCGGACGUCCGUCAAAAGCAAAUCACAACGCCUUGAACCACGAUCAGGACGGAGACGACUCCAAUGACGAUGCUGCUAGCAAGAAGCCAGCCGAUGCCGACCGCGGCUUUAACGACAUCUACGAGGUUGCAUCCUUUUCGAAGGAGGACUCAAAGUCAACAUGCGACGACGACGCCGCCAAUGAUGCCGCCGAAUCCGUUGAAUGUAUCUCCGAUACCGCAGACCCCGAGUCGGCCACUGCCUAAGCACUCCGACACCUACAUAUAUCAAUCUUAGGAAUACAACAAAAAUAAGAAACAAAACCUUCGGCACGACAGACUACACAAUGCAGAAAAGGA